GGGAGCUCCCCCGCGCCGGCAGGGGGCGGGCUCUCUCGUAGCCGGGAUUUGCGGACCGGCCUUCCGGAAAGUGAGACCUUGGGCCGUAGCUGGUCAGGCUCUGCUGGAAAGGACGCCAGCCUCGCGCUUCUCCUCUGCCUAUCUUCUCCCGGAGGUAACGGGAGAGGCUGGUCGCGCGGCAGCUCGCGACACCAUGAACACAUCAGGCUCGCGCCCGGGACGUCACUAUGCGCGGGUCUCGCGGUGCGUCACCUUCAGCGCGAGCCAUCGGCUCCACAGCAAAUCCCUCAGUGAUGAAAAGAAUCUGAAGCUGUUUGGGAAAUGUAAUAAUCCCAAUGGCCAUGGCCAUAACUAUAAAGUUGUGGUGACCGUACAUGGAGAGAUUGAUCCUGUUACGGGGAUGGUUGUGAAUCUGACAGACCUGAAAGACUAUAUGGAGGAGGCAAUUAUGAAACCCCUUGAUCAUAAGAACCUGGACCAGGACGUACCUUACUUUGCAGAUGUCGUGAGCACAACAGAAAAUGUAGCUGUAUAUAUCUGGGAGAAUCUUCAGAAAGUUCUUCCUGUGGGAGUCCUUUAUAAAGUCAAAGUGCAUGAAACUGACAAAAACAUCGUUGUCUACAAGGGAGAGUUAUCAGGCCUUGGAGAUUAGUAUUACUAUCUUAACCUUAAAUUCAUGGCUAAUCUUUUGGGAAAAGAACUCUAUCUAUUGAAGUAUUAAUAAACUGCUACACAGAUGCUA